AGACCAGCACGCACCGCGUCACCUUCGCUCACCGUAAAUCAUAUUGCAUUCUACUUCACGUUUCGUCAAGAUCGCUUUUGAGUCUUCGUUUAAAAGAAAGAAAGCACACAGAAAUCUACGUGUUUUUUCCUCUUUGACAGCUUGCCAUCUUCGUAUUCACCUACAUAGACAUACAGACCCCUUCCCCCCCCCCUUUAACUCCCGUCGCAAUCAUGCUCGAGGCUCACGUCCAGCUUGCCAGUCUUUGGAAGCGGCUCGUGGAGUGCAUCAAUGGCCUGGUGAGCGAGGCGAACUUCGACUGCAACCCCGGCGGCCUCUCCAUCCAGGCCAUGGACUCCAGCCACGUCGCUCUUGUGCACAUGCUGCUGCGGGACGACUGCUUUGUGAAGUACCAGUGUGAGCGCAACAGCAUCCUUGGCCUCAACCUCGCGUCGCUCUCCAAGGUACUGAAGAUUGUGGAUAGCAACGACAGUCUCAGCCUUCGGCACGACGACGACUCGGAUGUGGUGACGCUGACGUGCGAAAACCCGGAGAGGUCACGCAAGUGCGAGUACCAGCUGAAGCUGCUGGAGAUCGAGGCGGAAUCGAUGGGCAUCCCAGAAAUGGACUACCGCAGCACCGUCACGCUCAACUCGGCCGAUUUUGCGAAGAUUGUGCGGGACAUGCAGGUCUUAGGCGAAACCGUCACCAUCGCCAUCAGCAAGGAAGGCGUGAAGUUCAGUACGUCGGGUGAUGUCGGCCAGGGCUACACGUUUCUGCAGGCCGCCGGCGUGUCGGACCGCAGCGCGAAGAGUGAGGUGAAGGCGGAGGUGAAGGCAGAAGUGCGCGCCGACGACGACGACGAGGAACCGCUCUCGCGCAAGUACAGCAAAGCGGACGGCAACGCCAACGCGGUCGGGGUCGAGGUGACGAUGGAGGAGCCCAUUACCCUCUCGUUUGCGCUGCGCUUUAUGGGCAUCUUUGCGAAGGGCUCGACGCUCAGCGAGCGCGUGACGCUGAAGUUCGCCAAGGACAGCCCGUGCAUGGUGGAGUACGGUAUCGAUAACGUCGGCUACCUGCGUUACUACCUCGCUCCGAAGGUGGACGAUGCCGAGUAA